UUUUAACUAAAACUGUUUUAGAUUCUACGAAAAAUAUUGACAACAUGAUCAAGAACGGGGAAGAUAAUAAUAUGCGACAGACUGUAGAAUUUAGUGGCCGGGAGGAUCAGCUCACUGCUGAGAUUGUAAGUACUAAUGUCAUCAUAGUACCUUCACCAGGAGGGCACAAUCAUGGAAGCUCUAAAGUGAAAUUAAAAAACAUUGUUGACUUUACUUGGGAACAUCGCUAUUAUGUUGGCCAACUAUUAGCCGUCCACAUGUCUGGAAAGUACCUUGCUUAUGGUAUAAAAGCUGGAAAUGGCAAUGGUGUGGUACGUGUUGUAAAUAAAGAUUUGGAACAAAGAACUCUAAUAAGAGGAAUGCGUGGUCUUAUUCAAGAUCUUGCGUUUGCCCAUGUAUGCAAUCCUAUUUUAGCAUGCGUCGAUUUUACCGGAAGUCUAUUUGUAUAUGCUAUUGAACCUGUAAGUACAGAACUAUUAUGCAGUUUAGUUCUACAAGUAACAGCUGACGAUGUGUCGCCGAUGAAUCAUAGAGUUAUAUGGUGUCCAUAUAUUCCGGAAGAAGAAGUAACAGACGAAGAUGAAGUUUCAAAAUUAUUGGUUCUUACACGUGGUUCAAAAGUUGAAUUAUGGUCGAUAUCGGCUGCCUCGCGCUUUUUUAAUACACCCAUAAAGGCUACAGAUCCUGAAAUAAAAGAAAAUAAUGUGAUGCUUGAAAUUUACCAACAUUCAGGAAAUAUUGUCGAAGCGACAUUUAGUCCUGAUGGUACAGCUCUGGCAACGGCAAGUUCGGAUGGCGAAGUCAAAUUUUUCCAAGUUUAUUUACACGGAUCGUCAUGUGGCCAACAACCACCAAGGUGUUUGCAUCAAUGGAGACCACACGAUGGACGUCCAAUAUCUUCAUUGUUUUUUCUAGAUGAUCACAAACAUCACCAUUCCGAUACACAGUUCUGGAGAUUCGCUGUGACAGGAUGCGAAAACAAUUCCGAAUUAAAAGUUUGGUCUUGUGAAUUAUGGACUUGUUUGCAAACUAUAAAAUUUGCGCCAAUGCCGACAACUCAAAAGGCACCAGUCCUAAAAGCCAGACUAGAUCUUGCUGCUGGUUACCUGCUCCUUUCAGAUAUUUAUAAUAAAGUAUUGUACAUAUUGAGCAUUACAAAAGACAGUGAGGAAGCCGUAGCUUUUAUAAAUACCGUGUCCGAAUUUCCAUUGCCAUAUCCCAUUUUAAGUUUUGCAAUAGUCGACGCUGGUCAAAGGCGCUUAAGGCCUACCAGUGAAUCGCUGGAGGAUUUGUGCCCAGGUGACGAUGAGAAUGAAGAUCAACUUGUAAUAAGGAUGUACCUCGUUCAACCAAAGUCAUUGCAAGAAUGUCAUAUUGCAUUUAGAUCACCGGUGGUAAUGAACGGUAGUUGUCUUAUGGAUACAUUAACCCAUGAUUCAUUGGAUUAUCCUGAAGAUUUACCGGACAUUAGUACAGUGAAUCACAAUGGCAUUGUUGGAGUAAACGACGACGAUGAUGGUGAAAAUGGCGAAGAAGAUACAAAUAUUACCGAAGCAGUAGAAUUAGCUUCCAAUCAUGCUUCUGGAUUAAAUUUAAUGACACCAGAUGCUUUUAGCUCUCCAGCCAAAAAAGAAAAUGCGUUAGAUUCAAAAUCCUCUAGUCCACAACUUGGCAAUAUAGAAUCAGCUAGUCCCUCCAUUGCGCAGACAGUACAGACACUGAAUGCAGCGGACCAGCCACUAGCUACAAGUAGACUUAAGGAUCUGGUUGCACCUCCGAGUGGGGGCAGUAGCCCUUCGAGGGAAGUUUGUGAAAUUUUGUCUCUUGCAGAACCUGAAGAAAAUGAAUCUGAAGUAAAGCCUGAAGCAACGGCAACAACCAACGAAGACUGGUCACAAAUACCUAUGUGCUUGAUAAAAGACGCAUUCCAUGCUAUGCAGGAACAAGGAAAAGAAGACAUUACAAGCGAUCAACUACAUAUUAAAAAAGAACCUUCGCCAGUUCUAGUAGUGCCAGAAGACAACCAAAAUAAAUGGGGCUUAGCAAACCAUAUCUAUCCAAUAACAAGCAAACUCGAUUCUCUACUCGAGAUCGUACAGGAUCAACAACAAGAACUCAGUGAACUACGAGUUGAGGUGACACGACUUCGUCAAGAAACUCCACUAGCGAAUCGCGUAGAAUCAGCGCUGACGAAGGCGGCCCAACAACAAACGACGAGUAUCGAAUUGUCGUUGCUGAACCAAACAUCUCGGCAACACGACUUCCUCAAAACUCUCGAAACAGCUGUCAAGAAGGAAAUCGAGCUGACAAUACCGAGGGUCGUAAGCGAGCUUGUCGAGCCGCUGAAGAUGCAACUAAGGUUGGACACCGCGCAAAUUGAUCGCAUCGUUCAGGAGAACUUAACAAAGGUCAUUGGCGGAAUACAAGUACAAGAAGCGCUCGCGACGACGGUGCAAAACGCGGCCAAGCCUGUGCUGGAACAGACUUUCAAGGAGGUUUUCACCGGCACCCUAUUACCGGGAAUGGAAAAAGCUUGUCAAAAUAUGUUCAAGCAGGUGCAAGAUGCUUUUCUUAUUGGCACCCGAGAAUAUCUUCAGAAUGUUGACUCGAUCAUGGAUAAGCAAUAUCAGCGUCAGAAUAAGCAGCAAAGCGAGGCUUUGGCAACUGCAAUUCGGGAAGAAAUGCAGAAUGAAUUUUCUCGAGGCUUAUCGGUGAUGCAAGAAAAUACGAUUCGAAGUGUCCGAGAUUCUGUAAGGGAAAAUUUCACUCAGCACAUGUCGGAUAUCUCUGGUAUUCGCUCAAGAGCGACGACUCCUGGACUGCCGGGUUCCACGCCCGUGGACGCCCAGGCGCGCGUCAUGUCGCUACUUCAACGGGGCCAACUAAACGCAGCCUUUCAGCAGGCGCUGAGCGCAAGCGACCUUGGCCUCGUUGUGCUCGUCUGCGAGAACACGGACCCCGCGCGGGUGUUCUCCUGCUCGAUGGGACCCGGCCAGGGCUCGAGAUGCGUGCUCCAGCAGCCAGUCCUUCUGUCGCUCGUCCAACAGCUCUCGGCGAAUUUGGGGCACAGGACCGAAUUGAAGCACAGAUGGUUGGAGGAAGCCGUUAUCAGCUUGGAUCCAAGCGACCCAGUUACACGAGAACAUAUGGUUAAUGUAUUGCUAGCAUUGCAAAGUCAGGUGGCUGCUUUUAUUGCCGCAAAUCCAAAUCAUCGGUCAGUGAGAAGAUUGAAAAUGGUCGCGAUGGCUGCCCAAGCACUUUUGAAACCCUCAUAAGCUUUACUGAUAUUACAUAAACGCAAACAUAUAAUAGAAAUUUUUCAUUUUACAAUAACUCAAAAUGCAUAUAACUAACUCGUGCGUACUUGUCACACGUAAGACUGGAGAUAUAAGUUUUAAUUAAAGUACAUUAUCAUCAAUGUAUGUAUAAUAUUGAUGUUUAUUAUUUUAUCAAUGGAAAGAAAACUAUUUAACAUUUAUUGAUUUAGAUGAGGCUGUAGUUUAGAUUGAUUUCUCGAUUUUAGAGAAAUUGAUUGAUAAUUGAUGAAAAAUGUACGUAAAAAUGUCUCCUCUAUUAAAAAUUGUUUAUUACCGUACACGAA